CCAGCGCUCUCGCUGGCACUCGUUCCUCUCUCCAAUCAACGUGAGAUCUCACAAUUAUAUAUACUCUUAGACGACAAACUUGACUCCAUCAAUGGUGCAUGAACCAUAAGCACAAGCAAACUUCCAACUGAAAAAGACAGCGAUAUGCGCAUUCUUCAUAUUGAAAUGAAUGACUUCCCAACAACUAUAAGCAUAUAGAAGUGUAAACAUGCUGAAUUAUCAAUAUUUUCAUCUCACCAAAUUCAAGGACUGUGACAGAUAGAAAAAAGUCUAAAGAUAACAUUUCAAACAAACAACAAGAGUUAUAAUAUCAAAGAAUGCAUACCAAGUAUUCCUCUUCAAUCAAAAUGGCAGAUUCUCCUCCUCCUCCACAGAUGAUCCACUUCUUUUGUGUUUUCAUUUUAGCUUUUGCAGUUUCUCUUGGAUCGUCCAUCUCGACCCUUGAAUCAGACAAGCAAGCUUUAAUCUCCCUCAAGUCAGGAUUCAAUCAUCACCAUCUUGACCACCCUUUAUCUUCAUGGAAUCAAAACUCAUCGCCGUGUAAUUGGACAGGCGUUUCCUGCGAUAAAGAUGGCAAAAGAGUCAUCGGCCUCGAUCUUUCUGGGUUGGCGCUUGCAGGGUCUGUACAUAUUCAAAUUGGCAAUCUUUUGUUCCUCAAAUCUCUUCAACUUCAAAACAACCAAAUAACAGGUCAAAUUCCUGUUCAAAUUAGCAAUCUUUCUCGCUUGAAAGUUCUUAAUAUGAGCUUCAAUUACAUAAGAGGUGCCCUCCCCUCCAACAUGAGUGGAAUGGCAGAGCUUGAGAUUCUUGACUUGACUUCCAACAGAAUCACAAGCCAAAUUCCAGAAGAACUCAGCAGAUUAACAAAGCUUAAAGUUUUGAACUUGGGACAGAAUCAUCUCUACGGUACAAUUCCCCCAUCUUUUGGGAACUUGUCUUCUCUCAUAACCUUAAAUUUAGGGACCAAUUCAGUUGGUGGUUCGAUUCCUUCUGAAUUGGGUCGUCUUCAAAAUUUGAAGAACUUGGUGAUAUCCAUUAAUAAUUUCAGUGGCUUUGUUCCCCCAAGCAUUUACAACAUGUCUUCUUUGGUUACUUUGAUCUUAGCUGCAAAUCGUCUCCAUGGAACACUCCCCAAGGAUUUUGGAGAUAAUCUCCCAAAUCUUUUGUUCUUCAACUUCUGUUUCAAUAGAUUUUCAGGAACAAUCCCUGAAUCAAUGCAUAAUAUGACCCAAAUAAGAAUUAUACGGUUUGCUCACAAUCUUUUCGAAGGAACAAUCCCACCAGGAUUGGAGAAUUUGCCUGAUCUUCAAAUGUAUUAUAUUGGACACAACAAGAUCGUUAGCUCGGGUCGAGAUGGGCUUAGUUUCAUCUCGUCUUUGACCAACAGCUCUCGUCUCACCUUCAUAGCAGCUGAUGAAAACUACUUAGAAGGUGUUAUUCCUGAAUCCAUUGGAAACCUUUCUAAAGUCUUCUCAAGAUUGUACAUGGGAGGGAAUCGAAUAUAUGGGAAUAUUCCAUCUUCAAUUGGCAAUCUUCAGAGCUUAACUUUGCUGAAUUUGAACAAAAACAAGCUAUCUGGGGAAAUCCCACCUCAAAUUGGCCAAUUGGAGCAAUUACAAUUACUGGGUUUGGCUCAAAAUCAGCUCUUUGGUAGAAUUCCAAGCUCAUUGGGAAGCCUUGGGAAACUAAACCAUAUUGAUUUGUCGGGAAACAACCUUGUCGGGAACAUCCCCAAUUCUUUUGGAAACUUCACAAACUUGCUUGCAAUGGAUUUGUCCAGCAAUAAGCUUAGUGGGGGAAUACCCAAAGAGGCUCUAAAUUUUCCUAGUUUGAGCAUGAUUUUGAAUCUCUCCAACAAUAUGCUGAGUGGGAAUUUACCUGAAGAAAUCAAGUUCCUCGAAAACGUUGAGAAAAUUGAUAUCUCUGAAAAUCUGAUCUCUGGCGAAAUUCCUUCUUCGAUCAGCGACUGCAAGAGCUUGGAGGUAUUGAUAAUGGCGAAGAACGAGUUUUCAGGUCAAAUUCCGAGUAGUCUUGGAGAUAUUUUGGGAUUGCGAGCUUUGGAUCUUUCCUCGAACAAACUUACAGGUCCUAUUCCUAGGAAUCUCCAAAAUCGAACAGCUUUGCAGCUGUUGAAUCUCUCAUUUAACGACCUCGAAGGAGUAGCUUUUGAAGGUGGAGAUUUAAAGAGAAUUCCAAGUGUUUAUUUAGAAGGAAAUCCAAAGCUUUGUUUGCCAUCGGUAUGUGUAAAUAACAAACCCCACAACGAAAAGAGAAUCAAAAUCAUUGCUUUAACAGUCGUCUUCUCAACAUUAGCACUCUGUUUUACAAUGGGAGCUUGGUUUUAUCUGACCAAGAGAAAGCCAAGAACUCCACCAUUGUCAACAGAUGAAUUAAAAAGGCAACACGACAUGGUCUCAUACGCUGAGAUUCGAGCCGCCACAGCAAAUUUCAGCCAUGAAAAUUUAGUGGGAAAGGGAAGUUUUGGGUCAGUUUACAAGGGGUACCUGAAUCAAGAACAUGGCGAAGUUGCAAUCAAGGUGUUGAACAUUGAACGAACUGGGUAUAUUAGGAGCUUUUUUGCGGAGUGCGAGGCCUCGCGCAGUGUGCGGCAUCGGAAGCUUGUGAAGCUCGUUACGUCGUGCUCGAGUAUAGACUUUGAAGGAAGGGAUUUUAGAGCUCUGGUUUAUGAGUUUUUGAGUAAUGGAAGCUUGGCGGAGUGGAUUCAUGGGGAGAGGCGUCACUUGGAUGGAAGUGGGCUGGGGUUUUUGGAGCGAUUGAACAUUGGCAUUGAUGUUUGUUCUGUGUUGGAGUACCUUCACCAUGGCUCUGAAGUGCCCAUUGUUCACUGUGAUUUGAAGCCUUGUAAUGUUCUCUUGGCUGAAGACAUGACUGCCAAAGUUGGGGAUUUUGGGUUGGCUCGGUUGUUGAUCGAGAAUGAAGGGAGCCCUUAUUCUUCCAUCGCUGACUCUCAUGUUCUUAGGGGUUCCAUUGGUUACAUUCCUCCAGAAUACGGCAUGGGAAGAAAGGCAACAGUGGCGGGAGAUGUAUACAGUUUCGGUAUAACUUUGUUGGAGCUUUUUACCGGGAGAAGUCCGACCCAUGAAGAUUUUAGAGGAGAACAUAACCUAACCAAAUGGGUUCAGUCCAGUUACUUAAGAGAUCUGAUGCAAACAGUUGGCUCGCCUAAUCGACAAUUAAACAUUGGCUUCCAUUCCCAUAACGAAGGUCGGCAAAUUAGUGAAGAUAAGAUGAUGAAGUGCUUGAUUGAAGUCAUUGAUGUUGGCAUCUCAUGCACCGCUGAUUAUGCUAAUACACGCAUUACGAUGAAGGAUGCUCUUUCGAGACUUGAAAAUGCUAGACAUUCCUUGCUUAAAACCAUGUAG